AUGAGCCAAAACACACCAACCACAUCACAGCCUUCCAUUCAAGAAAUUCAAAAGGUUUACAAGCUGGUCGAGGAGAGAAAGGACGUGAGUGCUUUGAAAGAAUGUGAUAUCAUGUUAGACAAGUAUCCCGAUUCUUCUUUCUUUCUCGCAUUCAAAGCUCUGACUUUGAUGAAUUUGGGAAAUCGGAAGGAGUCUAUCCAAAUCAUUGAUGAUAUUUUGGCUCAGCCUAAAGUUGAUUUUCACGAUUUCAUUGUUCGUACUUUGGGUAUGGCUCUUGAGCGAGUUAAUGAUUUCAAGCGAAUUUCCGAGCUGUAUGAAAGAGUUUGUAAUGCCAUUCCGACCCAAUCGAUCUCAAAACACGAAAGCACCAUCGAAAAAUAUUUUUACAGCUUGGUGCGAAGCAAUCAACUUGAAAAACAACAAACCACAGCAGCCAAGCUUGCAAGACAUUUUUCUGACAAUCAGCUUUAUAACUAUUGGAAUAUUUGCAGCAUGCUGUUGUUGGGAAAGGAAAAGCCAUUAUUGUUUAAACUCGCUCAGAAAGUCUUGGAAAAAGAAUUUUCUCUAAAUUCACAAGACGUAAAAAAGUUGGAAGGCAUUAAUUAUUCUGAGAGACUCAGAUUAUAUAUUGAGUCUGUGUUGGAUGCUACUGGAGAUUAUGAAGGAGUCAUCAAUUUACUAAUCCAUGACGAGCCUUGGGGAAAAGAAUUGGAACCUCUCCCAUAUGAUCGAAAGGCAAUUUUGGCAGGAUAUUGUCUCAAAGUUGAGAAAUAUUAUACGUUGGCAAAUGGUAUUUAUGCUCACUUACUGCGAAAUGCAGAUGCUGAUGAGUGGCCUUGGUGGACUGGGAUUAUCAGCUCAGUUCUAUUGAUCACUCAGAGUGGCCAAACGAGCUCCUCUUUUAUUGAAUGGGAAGGAAAGAAAUUAGAUUGCUAUACAACCAUUUCGGAUUUACAAAAGUUCAUCAAAUCUCAUCAAGCAGGAGAUAAGAGAGGACCGUACCUAGCUGAAAUGGAGUUGAUAAAGGUUGUCAAGCAAAAGAAUUUAGAAUUUGAAUUCGACACCAAGCCUCAAGAUUUAAUUCUCAACUAUUUCAAAUUAUUUGGCUCGAGAAAAAUUUGUUAUGAUGACUUGAAGGUUUAUCUGGAGUUGGUAUCCGAUCAAUCUCAUCUUCUCCUCACUAUUUAUUCAUCCAUUGAUGACAUGAAAGUUAGCGAAUUAGAUAGGAUUGAGUUUCAAUCUACAUUUUUCAAGAUGCAAAGACAUACCAAACAAAAUGUUUGCUCCUCCAAUGAGGACGAUUUAAUUUUGAUGCUUAUUUCUCUAUACGCAUCUGCUCUUCCUCUCGGAAAGAACUUACAUGAAACUGACAACCAAUACGGUGACGAGUUUUUGCUGAUUGCUGCUCAUUACCUUUUGGACAAAAAAGAUUAUGUUUCGACAAUUACUCUUUUAGAACUUGGGCUGAAGAGGGCUAAAUACAAUUUUCACUUCAAAGUCUUGCUCAUUAGAGCAUACUCUGCUCUAAGGUCAUUAUCCUCAAGAGGGUACACUAUUUUUAUGAACGAUUUGGAUGUGAAACAUAUCCAGUUUGAGAGCAUUAGUUAUUUAAUUUAUCAUGAUUUGAUGAAAAUCGGAGUUAUUGACAAAGCGGUAAAGGUGGCUGACAAAAUAUUGGGCUUUUAUUACAAUGAGCAUGUUAUCUACACAUCACAAUAUCUAGCUUUACCAUAUCAAAAACAGAGUUGGUCAAAAAUUGGAGAAAUGACAAAGUUCAAUGAAAAGUUAGACUCGUCGUUUCAAAUUGCAAAAUGUCAAAUCGAUAGGCUAUACCUAAGUCUUAUCUUUGAAGAUGUACGCUCAGCAAGAGACAUUUCAGAGCACUUGAAUAUGAUCGAUUUAGACGAAUUCAUUUACCAUAGGGUCAAAUCUAAAAAUAAGGAAUUUUCAUAUAAUGAGGACACAUCCAUUCUUAAAUAUUUUGGAAGUGAUGAAUUGAAGAAUAAUGUUUUGAUUGCUCGCGAGUUAGUUGAGAGACCAGACUUGGAAGAGCCUUUUACAAAACUUAGAAUUAUUGAGCUUCUUGCUGAUUUUAUCUCUAAUAAGGAAAUUGUUACGGCAAAACCUCCCAUGCAACCUACUGCUGCAAAUACAAAGAAAAAGAUCUCAGAAAAAGAACACUUGGCUCAUGUUGCAAAGCUCAAAGAGCAUCAACGAAAAGUGGACACAGCAAAACGACGUUUAGCAGCUCUCAAAGAAAAAGCUGAAUUUUUGGCCAAACAAAUCGUUAAGUCCACCACCGUUCCUCAAUAUUGCACCGAAAUCACCAAUUUCAUCAUUUCAGAAGUUGGAACAUCUGGCGAUGAAGGAUCAAAGGUAAAAUUAUUAGAAGAUUUUGUUUCCUUCUUUGAAGCCAUUAACCCACUAAGAAAUGAGAAUGAUUUGGAAUUGUUGACCAAAGACAUUAUUUGGGAAAUUUCCUUCUUCCAGUUCAUGUAUGCACUUCUCAAAGAUUUGGGAGAAAAGAAAUAUCAAGGUAGUGUGGCAAAGCUCAAGUCUGCAUUGCUGUCAAAGGCUACCCAAGUUGAUUCCUUUAUCAAACAAAGCAGAAAGAAUCUCUCAUCUAUUAGUGAAAAUAGCACUAACCGUGAGUUGUUUAAACCUCUUCUGCCAUACGAUUGGGAGACCACAGAAAAGGAAGUUGUUCUUGAUUUGAAUCAACAAAUUCACAAAGGAGGUUUCUUAAAUACCAAAGUUGAGCAAAUUAUUGGCAACAUUAUCUUCCAACACAACAAGUAG